AUGCCGGUACGCUUCACGUACGCCAACUUUCCGUCGCUAUGGGACGACAUCAUCGCCUCCUCUGGUCACGAGGGGCAGCUCGUGAUACGUUCGAUCGACCGGAGCUUGCGGUCUGUCAUCGACGCCCGGCAGGUUCGGCACCUGAUUCUGAGCCCCGACCAGGGCAACGUCGUGACCGUCCGCGGACCACAUAACGGUGUUGCUGCACUGCGGCGUCUGAAUCCCGACUCCAUCACAGAGGCGCAGCGCGCACUUUGUGCGAACACGGGUGUCAUCGACGUCCGCGGCUUCUUCCAUCCGACUUUCGACUUGCGACCGCUCGCACCGUUGUUCCCGAGCCUGAAAGUUCUGCGCAUGAUCUCCGACGCCGAGCAGCAGAUCACGCCCUACGUCCCCUUGCCCUCCGAGACGCUUGUCCUUUUCACGAACCCCUCGGGGCUUGGUGGCGUCUACGAGCACUGGUACUUCCGGCAUCCCUCCGAAUCGCCCGCUACCUCCGAACCCGGCUCGGACGUGGAGAACGACUACCAGUACGAAGUCCACGGUCGGCGACUAGCGCCGCGCGGUGUUUCGCGACACAAGCUACCCACCCAGGUCAAGCGGAUAGUCGUGAACAUGUGCGGCGACCACGCUCCGCCGACGACGAUGUGGCCUAUCGUCGAGAAUCCGCCCUCUCACGUGAAGGACGUCGUCAUUGUGGUUCCCCGAUAUCGGAUCCUGGAGGGAGAAGGGGAGAUGGAUGCCGGCUGCGUUGAAAGCGUCCUCGCGAUCGGCAUACUCGAGAUGCUCCGCGCCCCUCAUCCGAAUUUCACCUUGGUCGGCGUCGACGAGGUCAGCGAGGAAUACGAAGAUCGUCUGAGGGAACUCCUGAGGACCGACGCGGCGCAGGUCGUGCAUGCUGAUGUCGACUAUAGCGUUGACGAUCCGCUCACUAGCGAGAUGCCGGUACAGAUUCGACGGUUUGCGCAGGAAGCGAGCGAGCAGAUGAGGGUGGCGAGGGAGGAGAACCCAGAAGAAGAGCUCGAGACGCGCCCCACAGAAGAAGACGAUGAGGAGGCGGCGGAGGCUGGGAACGUUGACACCGCAACUACAGCUGCUGAGGAGGCUGCUGCAGUCGGUGCGGCUGUGACUCAACCAGCUGAGGAAGGUGAACCAGAACAGCAGUCUGCCGGGAAAGACGUCAAGGCUGGUGAGAACGGCACUGGCGGCGACGUCGCCGCGACUGGUCCAAUCGCCCGAUACGGUGAGGUUGAAGUUGAAGGAACUGGACAGCCUGAAGAUGUUGAGGUCGGAGCGAACGUCAAUAGAGCAGGACGUGGGAGUGCUCCGUCGACGCCGGAGGGGCCAGUCGUUCCCCCGAGUACCAGCAAACAGCCUCUGAUGAGCUUGCAGCAGAAGGUUGAUAACCUGUUCGCUCGCAUCGAGUUCUUACCGAAGGAGCAGUUCAUCGAACGAGUCGGAGAGGAGACGGCAGCGCUCGAACUGCUUGAAUAUCUCGAUCCGAGCGAGUACGACAAUGGCGGAUCGACCUGA